AUGCAGAAUCAAGUGGAAGUUCUGUGUCUGGACGGCAGCGUGGAGGACGUGGACAUGACGAUGCAAGAGGGCGGAAACGAGGCUGCAGAAGUACGUGGACAGGACGCGGCUUUUUCGACGACGUUUGACGGCAAAGCAACCGCUGGAGACGACCAGGAAGCGACACGAGCGGUUUCGAGUGACGGCAGUGGUUUCUGCACGAGUGACAAGUGGGCUGAGCUGUACAAGACUACUGAAAUGGCAGUGGUGACAGACAUGGGACAUCCGCCGGUGCCUUCAGAAGGGUACAUGCCACUGCGGCAUGGACGUCGCUGUGGUCCACAGAGCGCCGAGACAUGUACGACGGUUGACGCUGACGUCCCGAGCGGCUCCUCGGGGGACACGUUGCUGUGGAGCGAAGAAGUGCUCGAGCAGCGCAUACUGCAAUUGACUGCAUGGACUCGACGGGGCCCCGUACCGCGUCGCCAGGAGCUAAAGCGUAUCAACCGCAUGCUCAGCUCGAGCGGCGCUACGAUCAGCAAGAGCUGCUGA